AUGGGCUGCCGAUACCAGAAGACUCUGGAGUAUCGUCAUAUGAUUGUUGAGCCUCCAUCCAAUGAUGAAGAUUUAUCGCUCGGCGCCAUAGAUCUUGGCGCCGAGUUAGGAUUUUGCCAUAGUCCCAGUUUCUCUUUCUCCAUUCUAUCUCUCACUCAUCGCCACCGCCGAGCACGCACCGCCGCGCGCGCCGCCCGCUUCCAUCGUUGCUGCAUCCGCCGGCGUUCAUCCACCCGCGGCCAAGCUCCUCCCUCUGCCCCAUCCCGGUCUCCUCCCUCUGUCCAGUCGCGCCGCCGCCGCUCUCCCCCUCCCCGCCGCCGCGGUCCUCCUCCCCGCGGUCAAGAGGCCGCCGAGCUCGCGCCGCCGCCGCCCGGGCUCCUCCUCCCCGCGGCCGAGCUCCUCCUCCAUCUGCCCCGUCCCGCCCGAGCUCCUAAAAACCUGCGGCCCAAGCCCCUCCCCCGCGGCCGAGCUCCUCCUCCCGCGCUCUACCCGCCUGUUCGCCAGACCGUCGUCGUCUCCCACGUAACGCCAUCGCAAGGUUUACACAAGGACAGAUCAGGCAACGGUGCUGUUUCAUAUUUCCAUCCACAAGACGAAUGAACAUGUCUAGGGCUUUUCUGAAGAUGCAAAGUGAUGAAACAAAAGAGAGGAAGGUUGGGAGGAGUUAGCUUUUCCAGACGCAAGUAGCAUUUUGUUUUUCAUCCCCGAUAUCGAGUUGCCAGAUGCCACUGGCGUGGAUUAGCUAGCUGUAUGUGGCAGUGGUUUGAGGUUUAAGCCGAGGCUUGUACAUGUGUGGUUCAGUUGUUGUUCUCAGUUUCAGUGGUAGAUUUUGGAUGUUAGUUUUGGUUUGCGCUGGCCUCUUAAGAUAACCUUCAGUGUAUGCCGUUGUCUUAACAUAAAAUUUUAGUAGGAUGUUGUUCUAUUUUA